AUGCCAGCGGCCCGGCCGCCCGCGGCGGGACUCGGCGGGAUCUCCCUGCUCCUCGCUCUGCUCCUCGGGAGCCCCGCGGCUGCUCUGCAGGGAGAUGCGCCCCUGGAGGGAGACGCUGGCCCUUCUGGUACUUACCUCCUGCCCUCGGGAGCACUAGGGAGCACCGGUCCGAGCAAAGUCAGCCUGGAAGAGAAAGUGACGACGGCCCCUCCGAGCCCAGCGCAGUCGGGGGAAGAGCUCCAGGACCCGGAGCUGGAAGGGGCGGCCCCCUCUGUGCACCCGGAGCCCGUGGCCCUGUCCACACGGCUUCCGGAGGAGCCCAGCACCAAGCUCGCCUUCCCCCCAAAGAAGAGGCUGCCUUCGCUCAAGCAGGUGAACUCGUCCAGGAAACAGCUGAGACCAAAGGCCACCUCCGCAGCCAUCCUCCCGAGGGCGGGGUCCCAGCCCGCAUCCCCAGGCCUGGGUCUCCUCUCCUUGGCCACGAGGAAGGCUGGCCCACCAGGGGACCCCGAUCCGGUGGCCUCCGCGGGUGGGGAGACCCUUCGGCUGCCGUCGGAGGAGCCCCUCUGGCUGGACCGGAAGGAAGGUGCGGGCCCCACGACGCCCGCACCCCUGCAGAUCUCUCCCUUCACCUCGCAGCCCUACGUGGCCCACACGCUCCCCCAGAGGCCGGACCCCGGGGAGCCCGUGGUGCCCGAUGAGGCCCAGGAGGCUCCUGCUGAGGACGCCAGUCCGAUGACCUUGAUGGACAAAGGUGAGAAUGAGCUGACCGGCUCAGCCUCGGAGGAGAGCCAGGAGACCACGACGUCCACCAUCAUUACCACCACGGUCAUCACGACAGAGCAGGCCCCAGCUCUCUGCAGCGUGAGCCUCUCAGACCCCGAAGGGUACAUCGACUCCAGCGACUACCCACCCCUGCCCCUCAACAACUUCCUCGAAUGCACGUACAACGUGACGGUCUACACUGGCUACGGGGUGGAGCUCCAGGUGAAGAGUGUCAACCUGUCUGAGGGCGAGCUGCUGUCCAUCCGCGGGGUGGACGGCCCCACGCUGACCGUCCUGGCCAACCAGACACUCCUGGUGGAGGGGCAGGUCAUCCGAAGCCCCACCAACACCAUCUCCGUCUACUUCCGGACCUUCCAGGACGACGGCCUGGGCACCUUCCAGCUGCACUACCAGGCCUUCAUGCUGAGCUGCAACUUCCCCCGCCGGCCGGACUACGGGGACGUCACGGUGAUGGACCUGCACUCGGGCGGGGUGGCCCACUUCCACUGCCACCCGGGCUACGAGCUCCAGGGCGCCAGGACGCUGACGUGCAUCAACGCCUCCAAGCCCCACUGGAGCAGCCACGAGCCCAUCUGCUCAGCCCCGUGUGGAGGGGCUGUGCACAACGCCACCAUCGGCCACGUCCUCUCCCCAAGUUACCCUGGAAACGCCAAUGGGAGUCAGUUCUGCGUGUGGACGAUUGAAGCUCCAGAGGGCCAGAAGCUGCACCUUCACUUUGAGUGGCUCUCACUCCACGAGAAGGACAGGAUGAAGGUCUACAGUGGGCUGACCAACAGGUCCACUCUUCUCUACGACUCCUUGCAAACGGAGAGCGUCCCCUUCGAGGGCCUGCUGAGCGAGGGCAACAGCAUCCGAAUCGAGUUCACGUCCGACCAGGCGCGGGCAGCCUCCUCCUUCAACAUCCGGUUCGAGGCCUUCGAGAAAGGUCACUGCUACGAGCCCUACAUUCAGAAUGGGAACUUCACCACAUCCGACCUGACCUACAACAUCGGGACCAUCGUGGAGUUCACCUGCGACCCCGGUCAUUCCCUGGAGCAGGGCCCGGCCGUCAUUGAGUGCAUCAACAUGCGGGACCCGUACUGGAAUGACACGGAGCCCCUGUGCAGAGCCAUGUGUGGUGGGGAGCUCUCUGCUGUGGCCGGGGUAGUGCUGUCCCCAAACUGGCCAGAGCCGUACGUGGAAGGCGAAGACUGCAUCUGGAAGAUCCACGUAGGGGAGGAGAAACGGAUCUUCUUAGACAUCCAAUUCCUGAACCUGAGCAACAGCGACAUCCUGACCGUCUACGACGGGGACGAGGUCACGCCCCACGUCCUGGGCCAGUACCUCGGGAGCAGCGGCCCCCAGAAGCUGUACUCGUCCACGCCGGACCUCACCAUCCAGUUCCACUCGGACCCAGCCGGCCUCAUCUUCGGGAAGGGCCAGGGAUUUAUCAUGAACUACAUAGAGGUGUCGAGGAACGACUCCUGCUCAGAUCUGCCCGAGAUCCAGAACGGCUGGAAGACCACCUCACACACGGAGCUGGUGCGGGGAGCCAGAAUCACCUACCAGUGUGACCCCGGCUACGACAUUGUGGGGAGCGACACCCUCACCUGCCAGUGGGACCUCAGCUGGAGCAGUGACCCCCCGUUUUGUGAGAAAAUUAUGUACUGCACCGACCCCGGAGAAGUGGACCACUCGACCCGCUUGAUCUCGGACCCCGUGCUGCUGGUGGGCACCACCAUCCAGUACACCUGCAACCCCGGCUUCGUGCUGGAGGGCAGCUCGCUGCUGACCUGCUACAGCCGCGAGACCGGCACGCCCAUCUGGACGUCGCGCCUGCCGCACUGCGUCUCGGAAGAGUCCCUGGCGUGUGACAACCCAGGGCUACCAGAAAACGGGUACCAAAUCCUGUACAAGCGGCUGUACCUGCCAGGAGAGUCCCUCACCUUCAUGUGCUACGAGGGCUUCGAGCUCAUGGGCGAAGUGACCAUUCGGUGCAUCCUGGGACAGCCGUCCCACUGGAAUGGGCCCCUGCCUGUGUGUAAAGUUAAUCAAGACAGCUUUGAACACGCUUUAGAAGUAGCAGAAGCGGCAGCCGAGACGUCGCUGGAGGGGGGCAACAUGGCGCUGGCCAUCUUCAUCCCCGUCCUCAUCAUCUCCCUGCUGCUGGGAGGAGCCUACAUUUACAUCACCAGAUGCCGCUACUACUCCAGCCUCCGCCUGCCUCUGAUGUACUCCCACCCUUACAGCCAGAUCACCGUGGAAACCGAGUUUGACAACCCCAUCUAUGAGACAGGGGAAACCAGAGAGUAUGAAGUUUCCAUCUAAAGAGAGCGACACUUGAGAAGGGAACUUUGAACGGACACGAACUCAACCAGAACCUCCUUGAGAAACUCAUCCAGAGACCAGAUGGCAUUUGGUUGACAAACCCCAGAGUGUCGGCUGUCUUUUCUUUAGACUCCUUCUUGAAGACUUCCUGUUUUCUUCUUCACUGUAUUUAUUAUAUUUAAAGUUGAGAUAGGUGUGGUUGGAUGCACCGCGGCUGCGGCCGGCUGCGUGUCACACAGCCUCAGGCGACGCUGAAGGCGCGUGGAAGACCUGCAAAACGGCCACCAGGGCAGCAGAGGGGGAAAAAGAGAAAAAGCAAAAAAGCAGGUUGAGUUUCUCCCAUGAGCCGUGCCAUUCCGUGGCUGCCUCAGAUUGCAUGCGUCUUUGAGAUCCAUGCCCAUGGUGUUUUUAGUGCAAAUCAAAGCCCCCCCAGGUUAGGUUGGAAAGAGCAUCUUUUUUGUUGGAUUAACGGGGGUUGGAAUGUCCCACGGAUACUUAACCAGGUCUGCUCCGGAACAAAUCCUGCGUUCGCCCUUCCAGUUUCCCCGCCCCUAAAAGGUCUUGCCCCACCCCCUCCCGCCCACGGUCCUUCUGAAGGCAGCAAAGGUGUUAUAUACACCUUCCCUUUUACCACCUGGCCUCACUGGAUGCUGGUAAAAGAAGAAAAUGUUUUCUCUCUAGAAGAGUGAUACAUGACAAGAAAAUUUUUUCAGAGCAGAUGAGACAUUGGACAGUUUGGGGUGAAGGGGAGCACUGGCUGAGGGAACCCAGUUAAUAAAACGUUUUCCUUUGACGAUCCUUCAGCGAUGAAGGAGCAGGUCACUCACUCUGCAAGUGCCAGAACCAAUCCCCUUGGUCGGCAAGGCCGCCCGCCCUGCGAUACUAGACCCUCGGCCCUGGGAGGCAGCAGCAGCUUCGUCCACAGAGUUAGAACGGCUUGUGCUGGAGGGGAGGUGUCCUGUCCUGAAAUCGGUGGCGGCGGGGGGUAGGGGGGUGAGCUCUGUUUUUCUCCGGGGGUGCCGGAACGCCCGAGCCCUCGAAAUAGGGGACACCCGAGGGCACUGUUUCUCUGCAAGGUGUAGCUUCGGACUGUAUUUGCCAUCUAGUCCUGUGGGGGGAGGGAGGGGUCUCUGAGAAGAAAACGAUUUUUCUGUCCUCGGAACAUCGGACGGUGGCCUGGAUGCAGAGAAACAGAAGCUGAGGAGGUUAAAACCACACAGGAACCCACAUCCUACGGUUCGAACGCCCAUGAGGAGAGGAGGCAUUUCCUGCAGAAAGGAAUUCUUAGGACCUGAUUAACCACGUGCACACCCCUGUAUUUUUCAUCAGUGUCAACGUGUGCAACGAUCACGGAGGAGUCUUUUCUAACUACAGGUAUUUUAAAAAGGCAGGGUGCGAGGAUGCGUGGGAGGAAAAGUCUGUGCAAGGCAGAGUCACCUCCCUGGGACCGUCAGUCACCUCCCUAGUGACAGCCGGUGGCUCAGAGCGGCACACUGGGUCGGUGACUUGGGAGCCCUCUUUGGCUCCCGCCCACGCUCUCCAGAAGUGUUUUCAACCCGCUGGCUUUCAAACAAGACAAGACGUUUCCGGCUGACGUGCCAUGGGUGGCUUGUUUGGGGAACACCUGGAACGGCAGGGGGUAGUUGGCUUUGCACGCACACAUGCGCGCGCAUGCACACACACCAUCCUCCUAACACAGAGCGGGGACCUCACUGGGUCUUGAAGCCCUGAGGCUGGUAUAUUUUCCUUCGGCCAGAAAAGAUGACGCUCCCUAAGGCACGCACGCGUGACGCAGGGCAAGUGGUAACAACAGGCCGCGUUUGCAGCUGCCCAGGGCCCACCCCGUUUUCCGAAAGAACCAGGAGAAGAGACAUUCCAGACCAUUAGCGAGUAAUAAUCAUACUUGGAGAAAGACCAAUGAUGCAAGUGACAUCACCGUUUUUUUUUUAAAGGCAGGAUCCCAUCUUUGCUUUGACUUCCGCUUGAUGAUUCUAACCCUCACCCUGGGGCGCCUGGAAAGAACGCUAUUAAUGAUUCUUCAUUUCAGAACGUGCUAUGGCUCUGUGAAAACUCAACAUUUGCCUUUCAUGAAGACUGACAAAAUGUAAAAUCGUUAUCCUAACCUUGUCCCCCGAUACUGGCCAGGCCGUGGCCCAGGAAUUCUCACUGGUCUUUGGACGGAUAGAAAGGGUGUUGAUUUCUUUCCCUGGGAUACCCAUGUCUUAGUUCCGUGUUAGUAGUGCAGCACCUAGUGUAACCAUAUUUUAAAUGUUCGUUUUCACCUAAAGAUGGGUCGUACGGGCUUGACGACGUAUGGUGUGAUUGAAAAGACAGGCCGGUGUCUAUUUUUCUUUCCGAAUGUGUAUUUGUAACAGGCAAAGGUAAAGAAAUCAUCGUAAUCGUGCCAAAAAAUGUACCAGGCAUCUCACUGCGGUUCCUACGAGUCUGUUUUUAUAAGACCGAUAUUAAAACCCAUUGGGAUUAAAUAUUUUUGAACAGGAUAUAAUCUCUUGAGAAACUCGAGAACGGACUGGACCUUCCUACAAGCCACUCUUUGUUUAUCAAACAGCGGGGAAAUACGUUUACAGAGAUUUCGAGCUCCGAAGAAUGCAUGUGAUGGCGUGUGUUCCAGGCUCACUUACGGAAGCCGGACCUGUCAGCUGGCGCCCUGUACUUUAAACACACACACUCCACCCUCUUCAGCUUGGAGCUCCUUCUUUUGCUAUUUGGGGGGGAGGGGUGUAGAAUUAUUUAGCCAACAUCACUCUUCGGGUCUCUCUUCAACGGCCGCCUUUACUUAGUUCCAUAGACAUGCUUUAAAUAUGACCUUUUGGAGUCCGCUCCUUGGAGAGCCUACGGGACCUCAGGCUGACAGCUUCAGCAACUGCCAAACGGCCGUGCAGGAAGCAGGGUGGUUACAGCUUUGGGACGGUUGUGUAAGCAGAAGUGACUUGGCAACCAGAUGGGUAAAUUUAGACUGAGCAUGAGCUUUGGGCAAAAAAAAAAAUGACCUUUUCAGGGGGUAAGGCCAAAGAGCAUGACCUUCCUGUGCCCUGAGAGGUCAUGGUGGGUCAUGGGGGUUCAGCACCCCCAAAGGCAGGCUUUCUCCUGGGAUGUUUUCAUUUUCACUUGAUCCCCAAACAGAGUAAAAAACAAAACCAACUUUCUAAGCUAGAAUAAUGAAAUUAAGUCAUUUUCCACUUUGUAUAUAUU